CAACUCCAAUCUUCACCAAACAGCGUUUCGCGAUGAGAUUUCCUGGUGUCGAACCAUCAAUUACGAACUACAGUAGUCGUGUCAAACUCGAACAAAACAAUUCACCACCAUCGUCCUGUAUCGAAAGCAACAACAACAACAGCAGCAGCAGCACUCCUGCCAGCAGCAACAGCAACGCCGCGCCCUUCAACCCGUGGGGGGCGCMGCCCCAAGGAAUGCCAAUGCCCGACCCCGACCGGCUCCUGGCMAUGAUGGAGAACCCAAUGAUGCAGCAGAUGAUCCAGCAGAUGGCCGACCAGAACCCCGACGCCCUCCGGGAGGCCCUCGAGCAGCAGAACCCAAUGUUCCGACAGAUGUUUGCCGGGAAUCCCGCCGCGGCCAACCAAAUGAUCCGGCAGGCGAUGAACCCGCAGGCCAUCCGGUCGAUGCUGGAGAUGCAGCGGGCCAUGGGCGGUGGCACGGGCGGUGGUGCUGGCACGGGCGGAAGCAUGGAUUUCAGCAGCCUCCUGGGGGGAGGCCCUGCGUCGAGCACGCCAACGUCGUCGUCGUCGCCGCCGCAGGACCUCUCCUCCGUCAUGGAACAGAUGCGGGCCAUGAUGGGCGGCGCGGCGGCUACCGGUGGAGCCGCCGGCUUUUCCAACCCCUGGUUGUCGCAACAACCCCAACAAACGCAACAGCAACCGCCACAACACCCGGCCGACCGGUACCGGAGCCAGCUCGAAUCCCUCCGGGCCAUGGGCUUUGACGACGAGCGGCGGUGCAUCGAACUCCUGCAGAGGCACCACGGGAACCUCAACCGUGCCGUCGAUGCCCUCCUCUCGGAGCCGGAAGCCCAAGCCCCACAAGUGGAAGCCGCCGCAACGACGGAAGCGCAAACGGAAGCACAAGCACCGCCGGCCGCAAAUGAUCCCUCCCCCGAGCCACCCCUCCACGAUCCCAAGGACGCGAGGGACAAAAAAGACGACUAACCAAAAGCCGAGCGGGAAACGAAAGGAAACGAAACGAAUGGUGCAGCACCCGCUUCGAUGAAACGUCACUUGUGCACGAAUGCAUCCACGCGGCGUGGCACUAGUACUAGUAGAACCGAAAACGAACGCAAGGAACACGACCACGACAAUAGUAAAAUAGUGUUGAUGUU